AUGGCGAAGCCGUGGAGCGGGAUCCCCCCGGGCGCGACGUCGGGCGCGACGGACGUCCCCGUGUACGACGACGAGCUGAAGGUGAAGGACGGCGAGAAGAGCGCCGAGCUGUGGCUGGCGAUCGCGGGGGAAGUCUUCGACGUCGGCGCCGGCGCGAAGCACUACGGCCCGGGCGGGAGCUACCACGGCUUCGUCGCGCGCGACGCCACGCGCGCGUUCGUGACGGGGAAAUUCGACGACGACGAGAACCUGCGACCGGGCUUGGACGGGCUCGAGCCGCGCGCGCGCGUCGUCGUGGACGACUGGCUCAAGUUUUACCGCGACGGAAAGACGCACGCGCAUCGAUACCGCCGCGUCGGCGUGCACGCGGGAGGGCUCUACUACGACGUGAACGGCGCGCCGACGAAGCACAAGCUCGAGCUCGUGAAGACCGCGUCGGCGGUUCGGAAGCGCGUGGAGAGAGAAGCGGAGGAGGCGCGGGCGAGGGCGGCGGUGUUUCCAAACUGCGACGCGAGGUGGAGCGCGGAGGCGGGCGGCGAGGUGUGGUGUCCGGAUGGGACGUCGCAUCCGCGGCGAGAGGUGUCGUUCGGGGUGCGCGAGGACGACGGGACGGGGACGGGGCGGAAGACGCGAUGCGCGUGUUUUCCGGACGAGUCGUUCAGCGACGUGAGGCAGCUGUACCCGGGGUGCGAGGCGACCGCGACGCGGUGUAAGACGUCUUAG